GUUUUUUCGUCAGUCCAGCUUUUUACGCUGGAAUACAGCGCCCUUUUCUUGUGUCAGGCUCACAAAGGAGGCACGAUCUUAGCCCACCCCUUACCGACGUUCAAUUACAUGCUGCUGCGAUUUACAACGAAUGACCUGAGCCACACGACUCUGCGUGGAGAGGAUGGGGCUGACAUCUACACAAUUCAAACUCCAUUUACACAUCUAUUUCGACCUAAUCCAACUAUCCUUUCACGCGUAGGUCCUUCAAGAGAACCGCCUUUGGAGGCAAUUGCAACGUUGAAAUGGUGCUCGAUAAGUCCUGACAUGCUCGUGCGUCCAAACUAUAGCGACAUUCCGGUUGAUCAGUACGUGCCAAAGAAGGGGUGGCCAAGCACGUCUCGUAUCUUCAGAACAUCACAAGGCAAUUGGAAAUGGUCCACAAACUCCGGGAAUAUCGAGCUUUAUGAUUCAAGCUCACCCCGCCGAUUACUCGCAUCUUUGAGCAGAGAAGGCCAAUAUUUCUUCUUGAACAUCGAGGAUUCAGCCCUGAAACAUCUCGAGGACAUCAUCAUUGGAUUUAUCAUCUCCCAGCGAGACCUUAUGCUUCGUCGACAAAGAAAUAAUACUCGUGGAAGCAUUACCUUCAUCAGUACAUUGGAUAACACGAUUCACCACCAGAUGAUCAACACGACUAUGUGACCGAGGAGCCGUAGGGAAGUCUAGGUGUCAGAUAGAAGUGCUGUUACAGCGUGCAAUGGGAAGGGUCUCCAGGUGUGGCCGCAGCUGAGCCCGUUCUUCAGUGCAAAAGUGAUAGAUACGAAACUCAGGAUCGGGAGGAGGAUCACGCCUGUGUCUAGAAGCAUAGUGAAUUAGUCCUAUCAAGGUUUUGAGCUUGGCUUUUGCUAAGCUGCUCGUUGCAUCUUCUGAUGCUCUCGUGAGAGUAGUAGCUACGGGCAUACUCCUGCAGGAGGAUCCUUCGCAGAAGAAGUCCUUCUCUACGCAACUCAAAAAUGCGAUGUUCAUGGUGUUCAAGUAUGAUUCAUUGGCGUUCUCGUUUAAGGGGACGCUUGUAAUGUUAGAUGGAGCGGCCAAUAUUAG